UCUGUGUCUGACGUCAGCACGCGAAAAAGCUUUGGCCCCGCUCCUGUUUCUCCGCCAGAUAAAAGCAUGAGGAGCUGGAACGAGCAGAGCCGCUAGACUUACAGGAGCCGCCGCAGCAAGCGAGGGAGGGAGGCAUCAUGUUGGGCCACAGAAAGAAAGCAGGCGCGCAAGUGAAGAACGGAGCCGGGACGUCUGAGUCUAAAGCCAUCGACCCUCUGAGGAAUCUGGGAGUACAGGAUGAUGAAGAUGUGAAGCGGAUGUUGCAGGGCUCAAGCAUGGUGAAGGUACGCUCACCUCGCUGGCAGAAGCGACGAACUCUAAAGCUGCUGGAAGAUGGUGUCACCGUCUGGUGUCAAUCACACAAAACAUCCAGUCGGGCAAAGGAGCAACAGUCCUUCUCCAUCAUGGAGGUGGAGUGUGUCCGAGAAGGUUGCCAGUCAGAGACGUUGCGGCAGAUCGUUGGCUCAGUACCUGAGGCCCGAUGUUUAACAGUGGUCUUCAAAGGGCCCCGCAAGAGCCUGGAUCUCCUCUGCCAGAGCCAAGAGGAAGCUCAGCACUGGGCUCGAGGCAUCCGAACACUGCAGGAGAGGGUGCAGAACAUGACACAGAAGGAGAAGCUUGAUCAUUGGAUUUAUGCUUACCUGAGUCGGGCCGACCAGAACCGCGAUGACAAAAUGAGCUACGAUGAGGUGCAGAAGCUGCUGCAGAUGAUCAAUAUUGACCUGAGUGACCAAUACGCCCGCAGCCUCUUCCAGAAAUGUGACCGGUCAGCUGACGGACGUCUGGACCACGGAGAGAUUGAAGUUUUCUGCAGGGAAUUGUUACGGAGACCAGAACUCGAUGCCGUAUUUGUCCGCUACUCUGCAAACAGCUGCGUACUUUCCACAGUGGACCUGAGGGAUUUCUUGAAGGACCAGGGGGAGGAUUCUUCACUCAUCCAUGCUCAAAGUCUCAUACUCACCUAUGAGCUUAAUGAGUGGGCCCAGAAGAACCAGUUCAUGACCCCCAAUGGUUUCACCAUGUACAUGCUUUCUAAGGAGAACUGUGUGCUUAACCUGGAACAUGCUAGAGUUUACCAAGACAUGACACAUCCAUUGGCGCACUACUUCAUCUCUUCAUCCCACAACACCUACCUCACUAAGGACCAGAUUACUGGGGACAGCAGCACAGAGCCAUACAUACGAGCUCUGAAUCAUGGCUGUCGGUGUGUGGAGCUGGACUGCUGGGAUGGAGAUAAAGGAGAACCAGUCAUCUAUCAUGGACAUACACUCACCUCCAAAGUGCCCUUUGUGGAAGUCAUUGAGACCAUCAAUGAAUAUGCUUUUAAAGCGUCUCCGUACCCUCUGAUCUUGUCUCUGGAGAACCACUGCUCUGUGGAGCAGCAGACAGUAAUGGCUCGACACCUGAAAUCCAUCCUGGGGGACAAACUGCUCAUCAAGCCCCUCAGUGGUCUGGAUAACCGCUGCUUGCCUUCUCCAGAGGCUCUUAAGGGUAAAAUCCUGGUGAAGGGAAAGAAGGAGAGGAUGGAGAAGGAGUGCUCGUCUAGCUCUUCAGACCUCAGCUCCUCAGAUGAAGAGGCCAGUCGAGGCAAAGGCAAAGGUCAGAAGAAGAAAGAGGACAAGAAGCCGGCUGUGUCUAAGCUGAGUCCAGAGCUGUCAGACCUGGUGGUGUACACUCGCAGUGUUCCUUUUAAAGACUUUGAACACGCUGCCAAAAGCCCAGCCACCGACAUGUCAUCUUUCUCUGAAAGUGAAGCACUCAGGCAUAUUAAAGAUUCAGGGAUGUAUUUUGUACGUCACAACAGUCACCAGCUCAGCAGGAUCUAUCCCUCAGGCCAGCGCCUCCAAUCCUCCAACUACAACCCUCAGGAGAUGUGGAACGGAGGCUCUCAGAUUGUUGCUCUGAACUUCCAGACACCUGGGGAGCAGAUGGACCUGAACCAAGGAAGGUUCCUACAAAAUGGACAGUGUGGAUAUGUCCUGAAACCUCCCUUCAUGUGUCAGCCUGGCACCACCUUCAACCCAGAGAAUGUUGGAGGAGGUCCUGCCCACAAUCCAGUCCUGCUCACUGUUCGGGUUAUUUCAGCUCAGCAGCUGCCUAAACCAGAAUGUGACAAGCCUAGUUCCAUUGUGGACCCUCAAGUCUGGGUGGAAAUACAUGGUGUUCCAAUUGACAACGAAAAGAAGAAAACUCCUUAUGUUGACAACAAUGGCUUUAACCCGCGUUGGGACUGCACCUUUAACUUUACCGUCCAUGUCCCUGACUUGGCUCUGGUCCGCUUUAUGGUGGAGGAUCAUGACUAUACCUCAAGCAACGACUUCCUGGGCCAGUACACCUUGCCUUUCACCAGUCUCCGUACAGGUUAUCGCCACGUCCGACUGCUCAAGUUGGAUGGUUCAAGUCUUUCCCCUGCCUCCCUGUUUGUGCAUGUGAAGAUCACCCCCAGUCAGCGCAGUCCUUCCAAGUCAUCAGCUAAAUCAGCAGCUCCAUCACCAACUAAGUCUACAACUAAGAGGCGCUAAUUCCAACGGCAUGCAUCCCACUGAGGUGUAUGUGACAUAUCUGCAUGUGACCAAAUACAAAUUCAGGGCCGUAAAUUUUAAAAGUCGGUGGCUCCAACCUUCCCCUGUAGUUGCUGUAGCAAUAUCUUCAACCUGUUUAUAUUUUAUGAAAAAAAGAUAAUUUUGCUGAUGCAAGCGGUUAAACUGACCAGUAUUCCAAAUUUGUGAAGACAAAAGAAAACACAGUUUUUCAGUGCUUACAGCUAAUUAUGUUAUGCAAUGCAUUCCAGUGACUUUUGUCACUGAUAGGAUGUGUAAAAGGAGACCAGAGCAACAAACUAGAUCUUAGUUAAGGCUCUGGUAUGUGGAUUUAAGUGCACUCCAAGCCUCUUUCCAUCCAAAACAAUCUAUCAGUCGCAGAUUUGCGAAUACUUGAAGCUAGAGUUGUGAGUUUUAUAUUUAAUUCAAUAGAGUGUUGACUCUGAGAACAGAACUCCCAGCUAAGUCUGAGGCCUUUUGCAGGAGGCACUUUUUAAUCGUAUGUAGCUCUUUUAAUGUAUAUUUAACCUCAAUAUUCUUAGAAAGGUUGUGAAGUGAUCUGUUCUAGUGUGACUCUGCUGUGAAAGAUUUGCGGUAAAAUUCACAGGAAUUAUUCUGUAGAAAACCACAUUCUUAGGUUCACCUAAAGAUAAGAUUUGACUUUAGAAAUCUCAACUCGUGCGGGUUAUCAAGGUGACAAUCAUUUAAUGUUCCACGAUGAUACCUUCAAGGUAAACAGCAGCAUUAUCACUUUAUAGAGUAAUGCUCCAGGAGUGUACACUUCAGUCAGAGCUAAAAUCAACAGUUAUUCGCUGACAGUGCUGCAUUAAUGUUGUCUGUACAGGGCCUUACCCAAACAAAGUGGGUAUCGGUGCCCUGGUAGUGAUGUGUAGAGUUAUUGCUGGUGUUUUGUCCAGACAAAAGAAGCUAUGUAAGACUACCAGGACAGAUCCAUCAGCCUCAGCUCAUCAUGGAAACAAGAGAUUUCUUGCUAAAAACACAACUUUGGAAGACACUCAGCUGAUUUGUCCAACUUGUUUUGGUAAUACCUUUUAUUGGCUCUAGCUAAAUGUCACCAUCUUUGCCUCACAGCAAGAAGAGUUGGGCUUUGAAUCUGUAUCCUUUUACAGGGGAGUGAAUUGAUUGACUCUAAAUUAAUCAUAGAGGUGCUGUAUCACAAAGCAAGUCUGACAUAGCUGGGCUUUCUUCGUAGAAGUGGGCGCAACAAAAACUAAAGCCCCCCACUUUAUUUAACUCACAUUUUGUGCUUCUAACUCUGUGUGGGCUCACAUGAAAGGAGGCAUUUAAUGCAUCAUGUGACUCUUCUUCUACUAUAAAUGAACCAAUCAUGUGCCGCUCCUUCAGUCAGUAGGUUGUUUUAAUGGAGAGCUACAAGAAUCUAAAAAUUUAUGACAGUUCAAAGCGCUGCUACUGCAAAUGAUGCAAGACAGGUAUGCUGGGAGAAAACGGUUAAAUUUGUGUUAAUGUAUUUAUUUUACCAAUUAUUUUAGAGUUGUUAAACUUUAAGCUUCAUAUAUUCAGACAUGAUAUUGUAUUUGGAGUGCAUUUAGAUUUGACAUAAUACAGGUUUGUCAAAUGAAAUAGAUGUGUCCCAUAAUACAGGAUGAAUAAUCUUUGCCCAAAUCAAAGUGAAAUUGGUGUGACUGAUUCUCUGUCGUAAAUACUAAUAAUAUAAUCUAUUUUUUAAUCUGUGUUCUAAUAGCUGCAGUACCAGCAAUGUAAAUGAACUGAGCAACAAAUCAGGACUAAACAUAAAAACCUAUUUAUGCAAUUUGUACUAAUCUUGUUUCUUAGAUCUCGCCCAGUCUCAACUGGUUUACCUCCGACCCUCUGCAGCCCUCAGUAGACAUAAGCAUGUGUAGCUUUAAAAAUCUUUGUAGAGUGGUCUCACACACAGGAAGCCUUCGAAACCAAUCGGAGAAAUGAUAACAACUAUCAUUAAAUCCCGUCCCAGUACUUUUUAUAUUGCAGUCUAGUGGAUGAUUUUGAUUAUAUUCAGUGUCUGUUCUUUCUUUUUGUCUUUGAAUGACUGAAACCAAACUAUGUGAUGAAGUAGUCGCCUCAGCUUUUAUAUUAGAAAUAGAAUAUGCUCAAUUAUGCAAUAGCAAGAUGAUGUGCACUAGAUAGAUGCGCUGCCUUGUUAGAUGAGAUACGCUGUGUUAUGCCUCUUAGUAGCAAGUGUUAUAAUUUUUUAUAAUCUCUUUCUCAUUGUUUACUUUGUGGUCAGAUAUGUUCUGUGCCAGCUUGAUUGAUAAUCUUGGCAACUGUGACGUAAAGACUUAAUUUCUGUCAAAGGUUAUACAGAUCACAAGAUUUGUUUCUGUGUUAGACAAAAUCAUUUACUGUCGUGUGUUGUGUUAAAGAAGGUUUUAUACAGUGCUUUUGUAAGAAGUUGGUUUUGGAACAUUCGUAUUUUUUUGAUUUACCCGUGACAAAAGUGACUAGGUACAUUUCUAUGUGAGUAUAUUAGAAUAAUCUCAGAGUUUUAGAGGCAUUCUGUCAGUGCUGGGUACUGAAAACACUGUCAGCUUUAGUCUUCAACUGCUGUCAGAUAUGAAAUCAUCAAACAACUGUCGAAUAGGAAUCUUGACAAUAUUGCACUUACUCAUAACUGUACUCAAAUGUGUAAACUGUAAGUACAUAGUAUGUCAUUUAAAAAAAAGACCAAAGUAUGUGUUUUUUGAACGGUAGCAGUUGUACAAAAACUUUAAUUCAAAGCAUUGACAUUGUUCUUGUUUAUUUAUUGCAUCUAAACAGUUGUACUGUUUGCUUUUGUGAACACAAGCUGUACGAUAACCAACCUCAUGGUAUUUAUUAUAAAGCAUAUAUGCAAUUCAAUAAAAUGUUCUAAAAAUAGCUAAACAAAUUGAAGAACCUGUCAUAUGGUAUUUGAGUCACACUGUCAACUGAUGCAUCCGUCUGAUAUGGUUUUUUGUUUUGUUUUUUUAAAGUUAUUUUUUGGCCUUUUUGCCUUUACAGUAUUAUAGUGCACAGUGGAGAGAGAGACAGGAAACAUGGGGAAAAGAGCGAGGGAGAGACAUGCAGUAAAUGGCCACGGGUUGGACUAAAGCCAACGACCGCUACGUUUGGGACUAUAGAACCUGUUUAUGUCGCCCGUUCAACUUGCUGAGCUACAGGGGUGCCCUCAUCUGACAUGUUUUACAGUGAAAAAAUAAAUAUGAAUGAUCACCUUA